AUGUGCGAGAAAAAUAUCCGGUUUCAACUGACUGGCAGCGACAGCCGGAGCUCUAAAAGUGGCGUCUUCCCACGGGACCUCCUCACCGCAUGUGAGCGCCUGAACGGACACCGAACGCAGCGCGCAAAAGAUGAGCGCACCUGCCACGAUACAACUUAGUGGCGCAGCCGCGUAACUGUAGUAUGGACCAGCUAUGUUGUCCAGAAAAGGACUCAUUCCCGAAGACUAUUUGUUGACUCGGUUGGCGGAGGAUGUGUUACAGCCCAAAUUCAAGUCUAAACCGCGGAAGGCGCGAUUCGUCGCCAAGAACGGAGCGUGCAACGUCGCCCACACGAACAUACGCGAACAAGGACGGUUUCUACAGGACGUGUUCACCACUCUAGUGGAUCUAAAAUGGCUUCAUACUCUGCUGAUCUUCACUAUGUCCUUCCUGUGCAGUUGGCUGUUGUUCGGGAUGAUCUGGUGGCUCAUCGCCUUCGGACACGGAGACCUGGACCCGAAAGGUGACGACUUUGUGCCGUGCGUAACGGACGUCCACUCGUUCUCCUCCGCCUUCCUGUUCUCCAUUGAAGUCCAGGUGACCAUCGGUUUCGGCGGACGGAUGAUCACUGAGGAGUGCGUUUCGGCCAUCGUGAUACUGAUCAUUCAGAACAUAGUCGGUCUGGUGAUCAAUGCCAUCAUGUUAGGAUGCAUCUUCAUGAAAACAGCGCAAGCAAACCGGCGGGCGGAAACGCUCAUCUUCAGCAAACACGCGGUUAUAACAGUCCGAAACAACAAGCUGUGCUUCAUGUUUCGCCUCGGUGACUUGAGGAAGAGCAUGAUCAUCAGUGCCACCGUCCACGUGCAGGUGGUGCGGAAAACCGUCACCAAUGAGGGCGAGAUGGUGCCUUUGGAUCAGAUAGACAUCCAGAUGGACAACCCGGUGGGCACCAACAGCAUCUUUCUGGUGUCUCCCCUCAUCAUCAGUCACGUCAUUGACAAAAACAGCCCGCUGUAUGAUCUAUCCGCGGCUGAUCUGCAGCACGAGAACAUUGAGGUGAUUGUCAUACUGGAGGGGGUGGUGGAGACCACCGGCAUCACCACCCAAGCGCGGACCUCUUACCUGUCCGAUGAGAUAUUAUGGGGUGAGAGGUUUGUGCCUACGGUGUCUGAAGAAGAAGGGAUGUAUGCUGUGGACUAUUCCAAGUUUGGAAAGACCAUUAAAGUGGCAACGCCGAGCUGCAGCGCGCGGGAGCUGGAUGAGGCGGGAGGGUUGGAGAGGUUCAAACUGCCGGAGUCCAGCAGCGCAGGCGCGUCAAUGAGGAGAAGAAUCCUCAAACAUCAACAAACCAAAGAAAUAUCAUGAAUUUAUUCUGUCGUUAAAAGGUUAGUUCACCCAAAAAUGAAAAUUCUGUCAUUUAUUAGCCUACUCACGCUUAUGCCGGUCCACACCCAUAAUAUCUUCGUUAAUCUUCGGAACACAAAUUUAGAUAUUUUUGUUGAAAUCUGAUGGCUCCGUGAGGCCUUCAUAGGGAGCAAUGACAUUUCCUCUCUCAAGAUCCAUUAAUGUACUAAAAA